AUGUCAGCGUCUUCGUCGAUUACAAAUCAUCCUCAGAAGACGGGAGAACUUGACUGGGCAAUCCUCAACGCAACAUUAGCUUUGGUCGCUGGUAAAAACGCCUCCAACACACUCCGAGUUGUACCAGCGCAACAAUUAUCGGACAGCGUGAUGUCUGGGCCUGAGUCGCCAAUGAUCGCAACAAGUAAAGCUUCAACUCAUCAAACCGAGCCUCAGUCCAAGCUCCGCAGGUCUGCCUCUCCACCAAGACAAGAUGCUUCAGUACAAGACGCUCAAAACGCACUCCAGACGCUCUUUCACUCUGAGUAUGUCGUCAUGGGCGACCUUCUCCGUGGCGGCCGGCACAACUCCGACCGUCUCCGCGCGAGAGCAGUAUGGAAGCCACUAGCGCGGGCUGCUGCGCGUCAAAUGCAGCCGGUGCUGGAGGCUUACGGAGCCUGCGAAGCGACCACUCCGAGCCUCAGUGUAUCCGGUGUAGCGAUGAGGAGUGGAUAG